AUGCGGCCACCUUAUAUGGCGCUGGCGGCCGACGAGCUACGGCGACUUGCGACAGGCUCAAUCAGCAGACUGGCGCCUACCCCGACAGGCGCGAGUGUGCGACUGGCGCGCCGCCACCGGCCAUCGCGCGCAUCGCUUACGAGCACGGCUCACCCCGCGCCCGAGUGCCGAGGAGCUCGCGAUCCGUUCGGCGCGGGCGGUACGCUCGCGGGUCUAUGGGGUCGCGGCACAGCCUCUUUCAUCUCAGUCUCUACUCUCUCGGUCGGUACGCACAGAAUUCUUACGGCUGAUCACAUAGACACGUGCAGCGGACACGGGCGUAGUGCGGUUAUCGAGCGCGAGUACACAUGCGCACUUCGCACCACUAUCAUCGUCGUGGCUCAUUCAUUUGUACGGGUCUCACCUCGAAUAGCGCACACCUGA